CUCCUCCUCUUUUUGCUGCAGAUCUGAUCUCAGAAAAACUCCAAUCGUUUCUUUUUCUCCUUUGCCCCAAAAGGAAAUAAGAAAAUGGCUUCCGCGGCCCCAUCGCCCCGUGAGGAGAAUGUGUACAUGGCUAAGCUCGCCGAGCAGGCCGAACGCUACGAAGAAAUGGUGGAAUUCAUGGAGAAAGUCUCCGCCUCGGUGGGCGAAGGCGACGAGCUCUCUGUGGAGGAGCGCAACCUCUUGUCGGUGGCCUACAAGAACGUGAUCGGAGCCCGCCGAGCGUCCUGGCGGAUCAUAUCGUCCAUUGAGCAGAAAGAGGAGUCACGAGGCAAUGCCGACCAUGUGAAUGCUAUCAAGGACUAUAGCGGGAAGAUUGAGAAGGAGCUUUCGUCCAUUUGUGAUGGGAUUUUGAAGCUUCUGGAUGCUAAGUUGAUUCCGGCAGCUGGCGCUGGUGAUUCCAAGGUGUUUUAUUUGAAGAUGAAGGGGGAUUAUCAUAGGUAUUUGGCUGAGUUUAAGACUGCUUCUGAGAGGAAAGAGGCUGCUGAGAAUACCCUUAAUGCCUACAAGGCUGCCCAGGAUAUUGCAAUUGCUGAGUUGGCUCCUACACAUCCAAUCCGACUUGGGUUGGCUCUUAACUUCUCCGUGUUCUAUUAUGAAAUUCUGAGUUCGCCUGAUCGAGCAUGCAAUCUUGCAAAACAGGCAUUUGAUGAAGCCAUUGCGGAGUUGGACACCCUGGGAGAGGAUUCAUACAAGGAUAGUACUCUCAUCAUGCAACUUCUCCGUGACAACCUGACCUUGUGGACAUCAGACAUGCAGGAUGAUGGAGCAGAGGAGAUCAAAGAGACAUCAAAGCGUGAAGAUGAGCAGCAGUGAAAUGAAUGAUUAAAACCACGGAAUUUUUAAUUUAUUUGUUGUGGUUGAAGUAAUUUUUUCUGAAUGUUUUCUUCACGAGACAUCCAGCCAUUAAUCUUUUAGAGGCACGAGUGAAAAUUCUUCUUGAAAUGCUCAAGAUAUUUCAGUCAUCAUGAAUUAUGAUAUCGAUUAGAUAUAUGAAUUUCAAAUGCCUUUGCAUCGUAAGCAAAAGGCUUUCUAGCCAUUGUUGCCCA